UGACGGUGGUGAGCCUCCGUUCAAACGGUUGAACGAGCGGUCGAGUAGCGAAGCCUUUGUCGACGACGUCUGCAGACAAGAAGCUCCUUGUGUCGACGAAUUCCAAUCGGAGAGUGCGGGUACGUCCUCAUGUGAGCAAAGCGACUCUGAUAGCAGCUCAAGUGACAAAGGAGGUCCCCAAGGAAGCGAAUCGAGUGAUGAGUCAGAUGACUUUGUCGCUUCAGACAGCUGCACUGGGCCAGAUGAGGGAAUAGCCUUCACUUGUAGUCCAACGCUCACUCAUGUACUUUCUGAACAACUGUCGGCAAGUGAAGAGUUUGCUGUAAUUGCUUCCAAACAUAAUAUGACGCAUGCGUGCAUUAACGAUGUCCUCGAUUUCUGCCGGCGAAGAGGCAUCUCCGACCUUCCAAAAGAUGCUAGGACAGUUUUGAAAACUGAGCGCAAAGCACAGGUGGAGCAAAAUGGGUCAUUCGUGCACUUUGGUCUUGCAGAAGGAAUUCGUCAAGUGUUGCAGCCGGGGCAAGUAGUUCCAAGUGAACUGAAGCUACAGGGCAAUAUUGACGGAGUCCCUCUUUACAAAAGUAGCCAGCUCGCCUUUUGGCCCAUUUUGUGCCGCAUAACAAAUGUGGAGGCAUCACCGCCAUUUGUUGUCAGUGUGUACUGUGGUGCAGGGAAGCCGCCAUGUCUGCAGGAUUAUCUAGAGCCAUUUUUGCAAGAGGUCUCCGACCUAAUCUCUGAGGGGAUAAGCAUAGGAGAUGUUCAUGUUCGGGUGAGCAUUGGAGCCAUGGUUUGCGAUGCUCCUGCAAGGAGCUAUGUCAAAUGUAUUGUUGGCCACACUGGCUAUUAUGCGUGCGAGCGAUGCAACCAAAAAGGGCAGCACCUUGAGAACAGGGUGACAUUUCCCAGACUUCAUGCAGCUGCACGGACGAAUGCAUCAUUUCGAUCUCAAGAGAACAAGCACCACCAUUCUGGUGUUUCACCAUUCCUUUCCCUUGACGUCGACAUGAUUGCAUUCUUCCCAUCUGAAUACAUGCAUCUCGUUUGCCUGGGAGUCAUGCGACGACUUUUAAGGAAUUGGGUAUGCCAAGGCCACAGUAACAGACUGAGCAGACUGUAUCGCAAUCAACUGAAUGAAAGCCUGCGAGAGGCAUCCAAGGCCUUUCCAACAUGUUUCCAGCGGAAACCAAGGGGUACAGAAGAGCUUGAUCGGUGGAAGGCAACAGAGUUUCGGACAUUCCUCCUUUAUGUGGGGCCUGUUGUCCUAAAGCCUCUUCUGCCUGCUUCUCAGUACAAGCAUUUUGUAAUGUUUCAUGUGGCGGUCAGAAUUUUAGCAUCACCUCAGCACUACCGUGAGUACAAUGUUUUUGCCAAAGAUUUGCUAAGGUAUUUUGUUCAGGAGCUUAGUGAGCUAUACGGGAAAAAACAGCUCGUGUACAAUGUACACUCACUAAUUCAUCUUGCUGACCAGUGCCUAGACCAUGGCCCUUUAGAUGAGUUUAGUGCAUUCCCUUUCGAAAGCUACCUUGGACGAAUUAAAAAGUUGCUGCGAUCUUCCAACAAGCCACUUUCGCAGCUAAGUAGGAGAAUUUCUGAACUGAGGCACUCAUCCAGGAACCAAGUCAAGCAGAAACUGCAACAUGUGAAGCCUGGAGACUGCUUCCUGAUUGACAGUACUCCUGUGGUGGUUCUGGAGAUAAUGGCAGACCACUUCAAGGGUGGGAUUUUGCCAAAUGCCAGGGACUUUUUCAAACUUCCACUGAAGUCGUCUCAGUUGAAUAUCUGGCGCUGCAAUACGUUGAGUAACGAAAGAAAGGUCUGGCAUCUUGAUGACCUUCGGAACACAGCUCGGUGCCUGAGGCUAAACUACAAGCAAGGACAUGUUGUUAUUGCUCUUUUGCACUUUCACUGAAGCUGUGAGUGGCCGUUGGGCUUGUAGUGACCCAAACUGCCUUAGUCAGCCGUCCAACUGCCACAUAGCAUGCCGUUCAAACACUUACGGCAAGCAUGCUGAUAGCUGUACAACCAGGACACAUUGCAUGUCAAUUCUCUAAGGUGCUACACCAGCUGUCAUUCACGCUUCUGCUGUGUUUUCACCGCAUCAGGCUCGCACUGCCAUGCCUCUUCAGAAGUCACUGCUCACACUGGGGCGCAUCACAACCUCCAUGACUUAGUUACCGAGUGGCGCAGCAGAGCGUCUGAGCCAUCCAGUUCCCCUGCAUCACGGAUACCACCUGAGCCUGCACCUAGCUUUCUGAAACUUCAGUUGUGCCUUUGAUAUCUCCACUUUCUACGUGUUGAAGUGCACUUCAUCUGGAACAAGUUGCAGCACGGAAGACUAAACGGCCCUCUUCAGGGCCACCCAAACUAUAUGACUGGCAGGGACGUGGUAACUCCCAUCUCUGCCUUCGUACACCCUCUAGAAAAUUAGCAUGUGGUUACGUUUGUGUGUGUUUGAAUAAAAUAUCAUUGAAUAUCUUGGUAAGUGCUUCUGAAAGAAAAAUUAUACAGAACAGUUCUUUUCGAGAAUACACAGAAGGAAAGAGCAAGAGAGUAAACAAACCAUCUAUUUAGU